AUGGUUGGAGAAGACAUUUGCUUGGUUAAAGCGAAAGGAAAUUCAAGGGAAAGCAAGAGCAAGAUUUAUCUUGUACUCAACGCCGACUACAGGGCACGUUUAGACCCGCCGGUUCUCGAGAACUAUUUCGGUAACUGUAUCGGUUCUCAUUUAGUUACUUUGGAAGAAGCAGAGUGCAUGGAAUUACAAGAUGGGUUGGCCAUUGUUGCAGCGAAGAUCGGCGAAGUGAUUAAGGGGUUGGAAAAUGGAGUUCUUGAAGGAGCAGAGAAGAGAUUAUCCAACUGGGGUUCGUUGGGAGGGGGAGCUCAAGUGAUUGGGGUAUCUGGGUCUUAUCGGUUUGGUUUGUACAGUCUGGAUUUUGGAUGGGGGAAGCCUAAGAAGAUGGAGAUCACAUCCAUCGACAGAAAUGGAGCUUUUUCUAUGGCGGAAUCAAGGGAUGGAAGUGGAGGGGUUGAAAUUGGUUUGGUUUUGAAGAAGCAUGAGAUGGAGCUAUUUGGCUCUCUUUUUCAUGAGGGCCUAGAAGAUUACUCAACAGCUUAG